UUGGCGGCAAGUCACCCUUGCAGUCACCAGUGAUCAACAGCCGUCUUUGAAAUGUUGGCUACAAGCAGAGCAACCGAAGAUACUAAGGUUACAUCAACCUCGCAGCUGCCUUGCAGGCACGAAGAACAGCAGUAUCUCGAUCUCAUUCGCAACAUUAUGGAUCACGGCAACAGGAAAGCUGAUCGCACGAGAGUAGGAACGCACUCUAUUUUUGGUGCACAAAUGAGGUUCAGCCUUCGGAACACCUUUCCCCUUCUGACAACAAAACGAGUGUUUUGGAGGGGCGUGGUCGAAGAGCUGGUUUGGUUUAUUCGAGGAAGUACCAAUGCAAAAGAGCUCAGCGAUAGAAACGUUAAAAUAUGGGAUGCUAACGGAUCUCGGGAUUUUCUAGAUUGUUUAGGAAUGAAGGACAGGGAGGAAGGAGAUUUGGGCCCAAUUUAUGGCUUUCAGUGGAGACACUUUGGUGCAGAGUAUAAGGAUAUGUAUGCUGAUUAUAAGGACCAAGGCGUGGACCAAUUGACUGAGGUCAUAAAGAAGAUUAAGGCUAAUCCUGACGACAGAAGAAUUAUAAUGGUAGCUUGGAAUCCAAUAGACAUUCCUUUGAUGGCAUUACCUCCUUGCCAUGCACUCUGUCAGUUCUAUGUCAGUGAUGGAGAGCUAUCUUGUCAAAUGUAUCAAAGAUCGGCUGACAUGGUAUGUUGCAACCAGAUUUAUAGUACAGUAUAUAUACAUGUACUUACCACUGCACAGGGAUUAGGUGUUCCAUUCAACAUCGCCAGCUACUCCUUACUGACGUGCAUGAUAGCUCACGUGUGUGAUCUCAAGCCAGGUGACUUUGUGCACACACUGGGUGAUGCCCACGUGUAUCUGAAUCAUUUUGAUGCUCUUGGAGAACAGCUGACAAGAGAACCAAGACCUUUCCCAACUUUGCACAUCAAGAGGAAAGUUACCGACAUAAAUAAUUUCCAGUACGAGGACUUCCUCUUGGAGAACUACCAUCCAUAUCCAAAGAUCAGUAUGAAAAUGGCAGUGUGACUGUUCUAGUCCUUCCCAAAAUCUAGGAUGUACGUGUGCGAAUCUUUAUCAUAUGUCACUUGAUGAACAGACUGUCACAUUAUUAGUUGUGCAUUGCUACCUCACUCUUUGAAGUCCUAAUUAAAGAGCACGUGUAGACGUACAAUGGCUAUUGAUAACCUUUACUUUUGUUUUAAGACAACCAUGUCCUAUAAUCUGAUGAUGAGAAUGACUUGUUCUGUCACUGCUGUGUGAGAUUUUAAAUUCUUAGCUGACAAGAUAGUGUGAUUUGUUAAAACAAUGAGGCACAAA